GGCACAGCGGCAAGCCAGGUGCGACAAUAACGAAUAGAUAACAGCCGAGACAAGAAGAGAACACAGGACCAAGUCCUUAAACAGCAGCAAGAGAGAGUAGGCGACCACUACCUGGAACUCAACCAUGUGGAAACUACUGCUACUGACACUAAUCAGCGUUGUAAACGCUAAAAACUCCUUUCUGAUCCUUGCCCCGAAGACCAUCAGCCCCUCGACAACCCUGCGUCUGGGGGUCAACUCCCUAAACGCCACCCAGGACCUGACUGUAACAGCACGUGUACAGACACAAGAGUGGAGUAACUACCCCUACUACCACUAUGAACAAAUCUACGUCGACCAUGCUAACACAUCGGACAGUGUUAUGGCAGGAGACGCCGGCGUCGUGGAACUGAAGGUCCCACAACAUCUGAAGCCUGACAACUACAUCCUCAAGGUUCAGGUGGAGACCACCUCUGGAGAGGAACACGUCAAAAGCUACAACCUGCAGUACUACAGCAAAUACCUGUCCACAUUUAUCCAGACAGACAAGGCCAUGUACAAACCCGGAUCGCUGGUCAACUUCCGUGCAUUCGCCGUGUACUCUGACCUCCUUACCUAUACCGGAAACAUGACAAUCGAGAUGUUUGACCCCAGCAAUAACAAGCUGAUGCUGAUGAAGGAAGUGAUAGACCCGUCUGGUGUCGUCACUCGGUCCUUCAAACUCAGCGCCAUGCCCAUCCUCGGACAUUGGAAGAUCAGGGUGUCCAUUCCCGAUGGACCGACAGAAGAAAAAACGUUUGAGGUGUCAAACUACAAACUGCCACGAUUCGAAGUAACAGUCGAUGUUCCAAGUUUUGCUCUAGUAACAGAUCGAGAUAUCAAGGGCAAAGUUAGUGCCAAGUAUACAUUCGGCGAGGGAGUGAAAGGUGUUGCAGAAAUACAUGCUAAGAUUGUUGGAUCUUAUUCUGGAUCUUGUUCUUCUGAGCAGCCCGCCAUCCUCAUGUCCUUCCCGCUUGAUGGGGAAAGUAAGUUCACGGUCCCAAUGGUGGAGGUUCAACACCUCAGCUCCUACCUCAAUGGUAAGCAGCUGGAGAUCCAGGCAUUUGUGACUGAGACUCUGACAGGCAAGAAACUAAACGGUUCGUCGGUCACCACCUUCUACAGCAAUGCCAUCAAGAUGAAAUACCUCGACUACAGUGCUCGUGAUUUCAAGCCUGGCCUUAUCUACAGUGGCACGAUGAAAAUCUCCCUGCAAGACGAUUUGCCCCUGCCUACACCCAGAAAGAAUGUGACCAUCUACCCAUGUGUGACGUACCGCAUCAAAGUCCCGAACCAGGAGAAGUACCAUAGCUGCGACUCCAACUUCCAGGGGACCUAUGGUAUUACCGAAGAGACAUUCCCAGUUCCUGCUGAUGGUCUUGUAGAUGUCAAACUUAUGAUACCAGAGGAUGCAGUCUCGGUUACUAUCACGGCCUUCUAUGGUGAAACAUCGAUUUCAUGGACGAUAAAGAAAGCCUACUCCCCAUCAGAUUCCUUCCUCCAGCUCUACAUCCACGACACCAACGUCACGGCGGGCGAAGAUUCCAAUAUCUUUAUAAAUUCCACCCGGCCACUCGACACAGUGUGGUAUGAGGUCAUCUCUCGUGGGUCCUUUGUUACUGCCGGACAUGUCGAUGGUGGAAUGAAGAAGAGCCUGAACCUAACUCUUCCAAUCACUCCCAAGAUGGCGCCUCAUGCUCGCGUCCUUGUCUACUCCGUCCUUGAUGAUGGCGAGGUUAUUGCAGACAGCACAAACUUUGAAGUGAAAGGUCUUUUUACCAACAAGGUGGCACUCGAGUUCAGCAAGAACGAAUCUCAGCCCCAUGAAGACAUUAAUGUCAAGGUUUCAGCUGACCCACAGUCAUUGGUCAGCUUGCUAGUUGUUGACCAAUCAGUGACUCUCUUGGCCAGCGGAAAUGACAUCACGAGUGAUAUGGUGGAGACUGAACUGAAGUACUAUGACAACCGCGGAGUUAGCAACAACUAUGAAGGAGAGACAGAUGCAAGUCAGGUGUUCAGGGAUGCCAAUGUUGCAAUCUACACUGAUGCCACCAUCCCAUACAAUCCCAGCGGCAUUGAUUACGGCCAUGGAUCUGUGUCCACUCCUGGCUAUCAUUAUAACACGUUUGCACCUAUCGGCUACACACCCAUGCCGGGUGCAACACCCUACAUGGGUCCGACGCCUUACCCGAAUGGCUUCCUGAACGGCAUGCCAAUCCCAACAGCUCUUCCCGCGAUGCACCAUAUGACCAGCGUGAACCCAAAGCCAUCCGGAGUCAUCAACCCUCAGCAACCAUUGAAGGAAGUGGGAAGAGUAAGGAACUUCUUCCCUGAAACAUGGCUAUGGACCAACACGACCAUUGGUUCCAAUGGCAUUGCAAGCAUAUCUGCAACUGUCCCCGACACCAUAACGUCAUGGUUGGCUACAGCAUUCGCAGUUAACCCAGUGUCCGGGCUCGGAGUAACAGACUCCGCAUCCAAGAUGAAGGUUUUCCGUCCAUUUUUUGUGAGCGUUGAUGUCCCAAUGUCUGUUAUCCGUGGUGAGCAAGUUGUGGUUCAGGCCAGCGUCUUCAACUAUCUGCAGACUGAUCUCGAUGUAAUGGUGACAAUGAAGAAGUCCAGCGAGUAUGACAACAUCCAGUAUGAUCCGUCCACUGCAAGUCUCAAGGCAUUCUCUGCAGACCAAGUCAAAACAGUUCGCGUUGCCUCUGGUGAUGCAAUGACUGUGGACUUUCCCAUCGUCCCUACCACCCUGGGACAACUUGACAUCCAGGUGUCUGCCCGUUCUACUGCUGCUGCUGAUGCCGUUCAGAGAAAGAUCACAGUGGAGCCGGAAGGUAUCAGAAAGGAGACUAACUUCCCUGUCACCAUCGAUCUCCUGUCUGGCAACACCUACAACAAAACUCUGUCCAUCCCUCUGCCAAACUACAUCGUAAAAGACUCACAGAAAGCAAGAGUCAGGGCUUUUGGCGACGUGGUGAGUCCCAGCCUCGAUGGCCUGGACAGCCUUCUGAAGAUGCCCACUGGCUGUGGGGAACAGAACAUGAUGGGACUAGCUCCUGAUGUCUACAUCUCCAACUACCUUGUCAGUGCCAAGAAAUAUGACGCCAAAAUUGAACAGAAGGUCAUUCCAUUCAUGGAGGAAGGUUUCCAGCGUGAGUUGAGCUACCAACACAAUGAUGGCUCCUACUCCAUCUGGGGGAACAGCGACUACUACGGAAGCACCUGGCUGACAGCAUUUGUUGUGAAAACUUUCAUCCAGGCUCGUCAGUAUGUCUACAUUGAUGACCAAAUCAUUGCCCGUGCUGCCAACUGGCUUAUGGGCAGGCAAAACACCAAUGGUGACUUCCAUGAGAACGGUUACGUGCACAGCUCUAGCCUACAGGGAGGAUCUGGACACGGAUACGCCCUGACAGCAUUUGUUCUGGAUGCUCUGCUUGAAGUCCGCGGUUUGGAAGGGGUGAAUGCUCACAACUUGAACGACACUUUGCUCCGCGCCAGUGCCUUCCUUGAGUUCAACAUUAUACGGUUUGAUGAUGCCUACACUAUCGCAAUCGCUACCCAUGCCCUAACCAAAGCAGGUAGCAUUUUUGCUGAAGAUGCCUUCAAGAAACUUGAACAUGUUUCGAAAACCAAAGACGACAUGAUGUUCUGGGAGAGAUACACCCACACCAGAUCCAGCUACUGGAGACCAUAUCACCAAUACGCUGACGCCAUCGACAUUGAGACAACAGGCUACGCUCUGAAGACAUAUGCUCUCAGGAAGGACUUUGUCAAAGGCCUGUCUGUCAUGAAAUGGCUCAUUUCCACCAGGAAUCCCAAUGGUGGCUUCGUUUCCACUCAGGAUACUGUUGUUGCUCUCGACGCCCUUUCUGCAUUUGCCACCGUCAUCAACUCAGAUUCCUUCAAAAUCAGCGCCGAUGUCAGUUCUGGGAAAUUCAGUAAACAUUUUGAAAUCAAUGCCAAGAACGCCCUUGACCUUCAAGCUACUGAUGCCAGUGAAUUCACUGGUACUUUCAACGUAAAUGCCCAAGGACACGGAGUCGGAUACCUUGAGAUUGCAUCUUUCUUCAACGUUGAAAAGCCAGUAGAGGAGCAAUACUUUGAUAUCAGCCAAGACAUAGAGAUCGAGACACUGAACAUGUACACACUCAGGGCCUGUGUCAGUUACACCAAAUCGAGAACUAACAACAUGGCCGUAGUCGAGAUCACCGUCCCAUCAGGCUUUGAACCGGAUAUGGAGUCACUGAAUGACAUCCGCAACUUACAGCGAUCCGAACUGCUGGGCAAGAACUUUGUCUUCUACUUCAGCCAUCUUGAAAGCAGCGAAACGUGCAUCAGGUUCACCGGCAGAAGGAAUGGUCUGGUUGCUAAGCUACAGGCGUCGCCCAUCCAUGUCUUUGACUAUUAUGAGCCAACACACCAGGCUGUGGCGUUCUACAAACCACAGACCCUACAUGAUGCCACUGUGUGUGAAAUCUGUGCCAACUGUUGCCAAAAGAUAGUCCAGUCACACUAGACAAAACCACAGCAUCAUUUUGACUGACAUGGUAUGCCGCCAAAGCCUAAACUUUGUACAGUUGUUAUCAAACACAAUCGAAUAAACUGUCAAUCAAUGA